CUAAAGGAGAAACAGCCGUGUGCUUCAGCUGCUCUUCACAGACCUCAGGGAUUCAAAUAAAACUCCUAGCAGACAUGGCCUGUCACAGAAGUCUGAUGGUGGAGGACAACUUUCAGUGCUCCAUCUGUCUGGAUGUCUUCACUGAACCUGUAACCAUUCCCUGUGGUCACACCUUCUGUCGUGUGUGUAUCACAGACCACUGGGACACUAACAAACCUUUAUUCCACUGCCCACUGUGUAAAAAGGAGUACUUAAAGAUGCCGGAUCUCUGUGUCAGCACUGUCCUUGCUGGUAUGGCCGAGAAGGUGAAGAGGGAUGCUGAAGAGAGACGUGACAUCCCUGAGCAAACAGGAAGUGGACACAUGCUCUGUGGUAUGUGCACAGAGAAGAAGAAAAAGGCCACCAAGUCCUGCUUAACAUGCUUCAUGUCUUUUUGUGAUGCUCAUCUGGAGCCUCAUCGCAGAGUUUCAUCCUUAAAGAAACACAAGCUGAUCAGCCCGGUGGAAGACCUCGGGACCAGGCUCUGCAGGCAGCAUGAUGAGCCUUUGGAGCUGUUCUGCAAAGUGGAUUUGAUGUUUGUGUGCAGCGACUGCAUCAAGAGUGACCAUAAAAGCCAUAAAACAGUGAGCGUGGAGGAGGAAGCGGACAUGAGGAAGGCCCAGCUGGGAGUAGAAAAGAAAGGCAUGGAUCAGCUGAUCCAGACUCGUCAGCAGAAACUCCUAGAGGUCCAAGACUCAGUGAAGGUGAGUGGAAAUAAUGCAGCCAAGGCGCUGGCAUACAGCAAUCAUGUGAUGGCUGCUCUGGUGGACUACAUCAGGAGGAGCCAGAUGGAGCUGGGUGAGGUGAUUCAGACCAAGAAGACGAAGAUUGAAGAAGAGGGGAAAGGCUUCGUUAAAGAGCUGGAGGGAGAGAUGAUCCAAAUCCAGCAGAAAAAGUCAGACCUGGAUCAGGUCUGCGGCAUCAGUGACCCCUUUGAAUUCCUGGAGCGUUUCCUGUCUCUCACCAUCACUCCUCCACAGGUGAAGGACUGGUCUGAGGUGAGCAUAGACAGCAACCAGUUCGCCGUGCAGGGAACGCUGAUCCAUCUGGAGACCACAGUAGCCAGAGAGAUCCGGCUGCUCUGCGACCCCGACUUGAAGAAAAUGCAGCGACACGCCGUGGAUCUGACUCUGGAUCCCGACACGGCGAACCCUUUACUCGUCGUUUCUGAGGACGGGAAGGAAGUCAAGACCGGAGACCGGAAGAGAAACAUCCCAGACAAGCCAGAGAGGUUCGAUCACGUCCUCAACGUCCUCGUCAAGGAGGGCUUCAGCGCAGGAAAGUUCUACUAUGAGGUCCAGGUCCAGGGGAAAACCCAGUGGGAUCUAGGAGUGGCUAACCAGUCCAUCAACAGGAAGGGCGACAUUCGACUGAGCCCGAAGAGCGGAUACUGGACCAUCUGGCUGAGAAAAGGGAACGAGUUCACGGCCAACGCCGGCCCUGCCACCAACCUCACCGUGAGAGAGAUUCCUCAAAAGGUCGGGGUGUUCGUCGACUACGAGGACGGUCAAGUUUCCUUCUACGACGUCCACGCCAGGGCGCAAAUCUUCUCCUUCACUGGAUGUAUCUUCACCGAGAGACUCUUUCCGUACUUCGGCCCCGGUGGGAUCGACGGUGGCAAAAACUCAGCCCCCUUGAUCAUCACUCCUGUCUGCUGCAACAGUGGAGAUUAGGUUAGAGGAUACAGGGAGGGGAGACUGGAGGAGGGGUCAAACUCCAGGGUGUCAUCUAGUUUCUAUCAUCUAUCAGGGUCAGCGCUGAGUCAGACUGUAGACCUCACACAAACAAGCAGACACACAUAAAAGCUGACUAUGCAUUUUAAAACCUCAGACCGUUUCUAUCUGUAAACAAAGCAAUAACAAAAACAGGUCUGAUCUAUCAAUGUGUGAUGCUUGCAGUGUAUUAAUAUGGGAAUAAUCUAGGGACAACCUGCACUUUAAAGAAUAAACACUGUUUUAGGAGCUGAUUUCAUAGAAAUGUAUUUUUACUGACUGGAAUGACUGUUAGUAUUCAGUUCUUUCCCUGUGGCUCUCUAUAGUUUCUCCAGAAAUCUAUUCUGAGUUAAAGGGUUGUUAUUGGAUGAAUCAGUCAGACCUACAUGAUGUAGGAGUUUAGAAAUAUAAAUGCAGUGAAAGUGUUCAACCAGGGGAGAAA